CGAGGAACGGCCGGCCGAACCAAAGUGAAUGUUUGGCCGGCGACCGGGCGCCGAACACGUCGCGGUGACUCUCUCUCUCACUCCCAUCAGUCGCUGCCCAUCCCACUUGGCCGUCAGUGCAGUGCCUCUAGCUAGACCCUCUAGACAGACCACCGUCCCCGCCGAAGACAUGUGUGCUCUCCGCGUGCAGCGCGUGGCCGCCGACGACGCCAAGGCCCACGAGGCCGUCGCCGAGGUGAUGCGGCGGGGCUUCCUGCCGCACGAGUCGGCCUGCCACGCGUCGCGCGUGUCGCAGGACCCGGACGCCGAGCGCGAGCUGCUGGACCUCGUCCGCGCCGCCCUCGCCGACGGCGUCUCCGUGGCCGUGUACAUCGGCGACGACAUGGUGGGCGCGGCCGUCAACAAGAUCCAGGUCCGGCCGCCCCCGGGGGGGAAGUCCUUCUUCGAGCGCUUCUACGAGGAGCGCGCCUCGCGGCCCGCCACCCGCUUCGUGCUGGACUUCAUGGCGAAGAUCGACGCGCAGGCCGACCUGUUCGCCGAGGCCGGCGGCGACCCCAUCCUGGAGCUCAUGUUCCUGGGCGUGGUGCCGGAGGCGGGGCGGCGCGGCGUCGGCCAGCGGCUCACGGAGGAGACGGUGCAGCUGGCCAGGUCGGUGCGCGUCAAGGCCGUGUCCGCCAUCUGGACCUCGGACUACAGCCGCGCCAUCGGCGCCAGGCUCGGUUUCAAGGAACUGACCGUCGCCGACCACAGCACGUUCUCGUUCGAGGGGACCACCAUCGCGCAGGCUGCGGCUCCUCACCAGCAGCGCUCCGUCCUCGCGCUGUUCAAACUCCCGGCCGAAAGCCGAAACCUGUAGGAACUAGUUGAAAAUUUUGUGAUAUUCGAUAGGAGAGUGAUUUUAUUUGUCAUGUGUUCAUUGUCUUUUAUAAAAAAAAAAAUUACAUCAUUAGUUUUGUGCUAAAUGCGCACUCAAUAAAUUUUAGAUCAAAAUUUU